AUGACAACAGCUCAGGCACUCCUGCAACAGAAGCUGACUAUCACACCCAAAACAGCCUCUCUCCUCAUGCAGGCCGGUUUCAGCGAUUAUCGCGAACUUAAAUAUGCCACGCCGAACGGGAUAGUCGAGCAGUUCACAUCAAAAUUCGGUAUCCCAAAGACAUCCGCCUCCGCUUAUCGGCAAGAGCAAGAGAAGAUUUGCGCAGAUUGGACCAACAAAGCCCUAGCCGCUCGUGGGAUUUGGAGGGCGGACUUUGAUGAUCUGACGGGCGAGCAGAUUGCCGAGUUGAUCAUGAGUACAGCAGAAUGA